GCGUAUACCAAGGAUAUGUUAAAAGCUGAGUCUCUCUCUUCUCUUUAUUCAGAGUUGACUCUCUCUUCUCUUUCCUUAAUUGCAUUGAGAAGCUCUCACGAUUCUUUUCUGAUUCAGGUGAUUAGAAAAGCACCUCUGUUCUUCUUCCUGAGAACCUUAGAUUCCUCCAUUGAGCAAGAGAGAUGCUGCGAGUAGCAGGAAGGAGACUCUUUUCUCCGACGCGGAGAUCUUCGAAGGCAACCUCCUUGGCGCUUUCCCGAGUCCAUGGCGGUGACUCCUCCUCACCUCCCAGAUCUGUACCCUCUUCUGAUCUUUCACCUUUCGAUUCUUACCAUCGGAGCCUCAUAAGAGGGAGAUGGAUGCUCUAGCGGCAUACUUGGUUUAGGGUAUUAAUAGCUUAUUACAUUGGGCAUGCUGAGGAGGAAAUUUUCUUUGUUAACCAAAAGAGCUAUGUUUACAAUUUUAUCUGGUCAAGGCGUCUGCAAUCCAAAUCUGUUGAAGCGAGUAAAGCCAAGAAUAAUCAUGGUAGUGAGGUUUUAGUAGGGGGCUAAGCGCUGUGGUCUAGAUGAAUGCGAGGCCUUCGGUUCUGAAGGCAAUGAGAAGAAGCUCGAUGAGAGUAAGGUCAAGAAGCUUACUACUGGUGGUGAUCAUGUUAGUGAAAAUUUGGACAAGGCUAAGAGCAGUGAUGUAGAAAAAGAUGAAUGUGAGAUAUCGCCAGCUGAUGGAUGUGGUAAAAAGCAUACUGGUGCAGAUAAUGUUGAUAAAGUAACACGUAUGAGUGUUACUGGAGAAUCACUAACUUUAGAACAGGGAAAAGGUGAACUUGAGGCAACUAAAGCAUGUCCACAUUCCCUGUUUGAAGACUUUGAAAAGAGCGGUAAACCUGGCAAGAAUGCAGUAUCAAAGAAAAGUUGUAGGAUCCUCAGAAGUGCCGGCAAUGUAGUAGAGCAUUCUGGGACCAAAGAUAAACCUGCCACCGUGGAGGCUGUCAAGAUUGUUUACGGUCACCACAACCAUGAGGGUUACCCAACUGGUGACCCUAGCAAACGUGCGUUUUCGCCUAUUUUGUCUGAGAAGCUGGGAGGUUUGUCUACACCUCUGUUCUCCGACUUCUAGGAAACGUUUCAUUUUUCAAUACCAAAACAAAAGACAUUAGCUUGACUGUUUUUUUUUUGAUCAAUAACUUGACUGUUUGUAGUUAUUGUUAUGGAAUGCAAAAUUGGUAAUUAUUGGGAAACGUUUUAAAAAUAUGAAACCACGAUUCAACAUACGUG